AUGCCUCAUUGUCAGAAGACCAGCAUCUGCUCUGGUGAGAAAUGCCACCAAGCCCAGGACUCAGGUGAUGCCAAGAGCAUGGAGUUGGCCCAGACCACUGCUGCAGAGGAGGGAAAGCCCUACUCCUCACCAGCUGCUGCUUCUGGGGAUUCUCACCAGGCUUCCUCCUGUGCUCCUAAUCCAUGCUCCCAGAGCCAACAUGUGGGCAGACGAAAUGCCCCUAAGUCCACACCUUCUGCUGAGAAGUUCCAAAGUUCCCUGACCAGAAGGGUGAGCCUGUUGUUGCAGUUCCUGCUGUUAAAGUACAAAAUGGAAGAUCCCAUUACCAAGGCCGAAAUGAUGAAGAUCAUCACUAAAAGGUACAAGAAGCAAUUCUCCGAGGUGCUGAGGAGAGCCUCUGAGCACAUGGAGCUGGUCUGUGGCCUUGAGCUGAAGGCAGUCGAAUCCAAUAGUCAAACCUAUGCUCUGGUCAAUCAGUUGGAGAUCACCAAGGAAGAGAUUCUGAAUGGCGAAUGUGGCUUUCCCAAGACUGGGCUCAUCAUGCCUCUCCUGGGCGUACUUUACAUCAAAGACAACAGGGUCACCUGGGAGGAGAUGUGGGAAUUCCUGAAUGAGUUAGGGAUCUACGAUGGCCCUCAGCACUUCAUCUUUGGGGACACUAGAAAGCUUCUCACUGAAGAUUUGGUGCAGGAAAAGUACCUGGAGUACCAGAAGGUGCCUAAGUCUGAUCCUCCAUGCUACAAAUUCCUGUGGGGCUCCAGAGCCCACAAUAAGGCUUGCAAGAAGAAUGAGAUGGAGGAUUUUGAGAAGAUCAAGUUUAUGGACAUCACUGCCUUCCAAGACCUGUAUGGUGAAACCUGGGGAGAAGAGCAAGAAAACACAGAACCUGCAUUAUCUUGGAUGGUUGAGGCCAGUCCAAAUGCCAAGGCCAAGAGUCAUGUGAAGGGGAGGUUCAUCAGAUCCCCCCACUUCUCAUGA